AUGUGCGAAAAACUCGAUAUAAAUAGUAAAAAGGAGCCACAAAAGAAGACGAGAUUGGAAGCAAUAUGUCCUCAGAAUGACCGACGACCGCUUGGCAAAACUGGUGAUGGCCGGGAAAAUUUUCUACGUGUAUUCGAAAAAAUCGCAAAAAUCGCGCGUCCUACCGCCACGCAACCGCUAAUAGGCGCUCUAUUGCGUUACUGGCGCAAAAUGCAAAAACCCUUUCUUGUCGUAGUUGUAGUGCUACUGAUAGUCCUGACGCAGGUUAUCAUUAGUGCGCCGGUUCGCAAGUCUAUGCGCAUCCAGCUGAAUGCUGAUUACUUACGCGCCAUGGGUGCCUACAAGCGUCUCGAGUCACGGUUUCCUCGUGAAGAGCUACAAGUCAUCACCACCAUUGGAAUUUUGAAUGGAGCACAACACGCGGAACAGCAAAUGGAACGUAAUCUAGUAGCGAUCGUUAAGGAACUCCUGUUUGGGGCUAAUGAGUUAAGUGAUGAUGAGCUCGUCGCUAAAGUUGAAAAUAUUGAAAAGCAGCUGGUGCGCGAUCAUCGAGCGCUUCUGAUACUUACAAGUGCAAUGGAUUUGGUGACGGGUGCAAAGGAUGUGUACGAUUUCAAGUCGGAUAUGCAGCAAACCCUACAACAAAUACGUAGACACUCCGAGGGUGAAAAAGAGGAGAGCGAUUCAUCGCAGGCCACCGAAGUGCCUGACAAAAUUAGCGAAGCAAGCACUGCGGCAGAACGAUUAGCGGCGUUGCGGCGCCUAAUAACGCAAAAAGUACGCGCAAUGAAGAUGUUGGUUGAAGAGAAGGUGACACACACACUGGACUACCUAAUAGCAGAGGCAAAUGAGGGUAGCCUCUUGGAGCAGGCCAGCAAGAAAGUGGUGCGGAAGCGAAAUGUGGAAGAAGUACGCGAGGUGCCUGCUGAGGUGCGCAUGAUUAAGUCAAUUUUGACGGAGGCUCGCCUUUUUCAAUCCCAGGAGGACUUCCGUAACAAUCUGGUAGACACACAACUUGAAAUGCGAAAUAAUGAGCUCUUCGACGAUUCGCUGGAAGAUAAUUUUGAAGCGCAAUCGAAGGAUAAUAAAUUUAAGAUUGUAAUUGCAAAUCGCAGCGAUAGCAGUAGACCUCAAAAACAAAGCACUGAUCCAACAGUAAUAACAACAACUGCGACAACAACAACAACAUUACGUGCAGCAAGAGCGACAAAAACGAGCAGUGCCCGAGCAGCAGUCACCAAAUCUACUCCAAUUGUGAGCCCCAGUUCAACAACUAUCUUCAUAAAUUCCACAAUUGAGGUAGAUGGACUGAAGUUGGAUAAACAGCAGGAAAGCUCCUCGCCACUUGCACCUCUCGAAGAAGAUGAAGACUUUCCAGAUGCUCCACCACCGCCAGAUGGUGCUGGUGGUGGCGGUCUGGUGGGAAUUAUUAGCAGUUUGAGUGGAGGCGAAGGUGGCUCGGAUAUUGGCGCUUUAAUUGGAGCUUUAACUGGCGUCAUUUCAACCUUGUUUGGGCCAGGCGGCUUAGAUAUCGAGUCCCUAAUCAGCACAGCUACAUCACUAAUUUCCGGACUGUUAGCGGGCAACAAAAACUUCGGCACAGUGCUCGGCAUUUAUAUAGGCACUGCAUUCGAUGGUCUGUCUGGCGGUGGUGGCGCGGUGAACAAUGGACAAUUUCUCGGAAAUCUGCUCGGCACAGUUUAUGCCCAACUCAGCGCAGACCCCGAAGAUGACGACUUGCGUCCCAACCCAUUACUCUUUGCACGCAAUCUCAUUAGCAGUUUUAUGGAAGCGAAAAACCGCAAAGAGUCCGACGAGGAGGGUGACGAUGAACGUCGCUCAGAUUCACCACAAAAACAUGGCGAUAAACAUAAGGGAGAUGCGGGCGGUGGCUCUGAUUCGGGCGGCUUCAUCAAGCACAUAGCUUCGCAUAUAGUUGGCAGUCUUGUGAGUCUGCUGUUGAAUGCUUCGUUGGGUGCUUCCGGCGGCGCAUCACAUGCCUCCGCUUCGUUGUUCGGCAGUUCGAGCCAUAAAAGUGGUGGCGGCGGAGGAGCAGGGGGAGGCGGUGGUCAUAAGUAUUAAGCGCUGUGCUGAGUCUGUUACUUUUUUAACUUUUUUUCAAUGGGUGGGACUGCUGUUAAUUUUGUUAUUAUUGUUGUUGUGUGUGCAGCAACACGAUUUGGCAUUAGUGGGAUUAUGAAACGUAAUUUUUAAUUUAAGUUCCGUGUAUAUUUUAUUAUUUUUUGUCUGGUUCAUUUACUACGCCUUUUUUGUAUUUUCAUACCUACUUAUAUACAUAAUUUUAUCUGUUUUUUGUGCAAUCAUCUGUAUGGAUAACCGGCAAGUGCACUUGUAUAUGCGGAGAGUUGAAAGUAGUCAUGUAACUUCUUUGACCUGUAAGGUGAUUCAGCAUUUUCUUAAAAUUAAUAUUAUUCGCACUACCUACGAAAAUGCGUGCGUUUUGAUUUUUUUUAAU